UUGUUUUUGUUGUACAAAUGUAUGCAUUUGCAUUUUAUCAUCUCACGUUUUAUUUACGCGUUGAGAUCAAUCAAGGACGAAUAUUUUCGUUCCGAAAAUCGUCAGUAGCUAGCCAAAGAUAGAGCAGUUAGUUGACAGUGCUAGUAAAUUAAUCAACUUUCAAAUGAUUUGUUAUGUAAAUUGAAAGUGCGCAUUUGAUCGAUUUUAGAUUGUGGUAUCCUCUAUUUGGCAAGUUCGUGAAAAAAUUUUUAAUAGUCAUAAUUCACCAAUGAUUCUAGGAUGGUUUGAUUGAAUUUACAGAAAAAUAUGAGAUUUUCAAAAUUUGGACGAAAAUACCCGGUCAACAACAAAACAACACCACGUGAUCGAAGCAUGGUAUCGCCCAGAGGGGGGAUAAUCUUGUUUGGUUAAAUUAUAAGGGACUAUAGCCUCUAUUUUAGUUAUAUUCAAGAAUGAGUCGUGGAGUUCAUUACGAGGAAACUGUCACGUAGUCAUAUGCACUUUAUUUGCAAAAUAUAUGGUAAAACCUUAAUUUCGAAAUAUCGCAAAAAAUGUAUUCAAUAACAGUUUCUUGCAAACCGUAAUUACAUACAUCUGUUUUCUGUAUUGGUGAGUGCUGUGUAAAUAGUUGCAAAGAACGUAAUAAAUUUUGAUUUUUUUUGUUUAAAUUUCUGUGAUUUAAUGACAUGAGCCAGAGUCAGAGAGACACCAUAAUCCAUUUAGUGGCAGGGGGAGUUGCUGGAACGACCGGUGCCAUCAUAACAUGUCCCCUGGAAGUGGUGAAAACCCGACAGCAGUCUUCCAAGAGCGGAUUCGUCGUAACCCGAGAUCUGUCGAGCAUUCCGGGCGAAAGUCCCUUGCCGAAAACUACUUGUCGAACAGUUCCGGAUCAGAGGCGUUACUCUUCGUCGCCGGUCCACUCCCUGAGCAUCGUUCAGUGUCUGAGGCAUAUUGUGCAGCAUGAAGGUCCCAUGGCUCUAUUUAAAGGGAGUUUUGGGUUUCUACAAAGGAAUAACGGCUUCCUACAUGGGAAUAUCCGAAACGAUCAUCCACUUCGUGAUAUACGAGGCGAUAAAAGCCGAACUGAUAGCGCACCGGUCGCACAGCGACGAGAAGAGUUCGAAAGACUUCCUUGAGUUCAUGAUGGCGGGGGCCAUCUCGAAAACGGUCGCUUCCUGCAUCGCUUACCCCCACGAAGUGGCACGUACGCGCUUGAGGGAGGAGGGCAACAAGUAUAGCGCCUUUUGGCAAACCCUAGGUCUAGUAUUUAAAGAGGAAGGUAUCAGGGGGAUCUACAGGGGGCUGGCGACGCAACUGGUCAGGCAAAUACCGAAUACGGCCAUCAUGAUGUCCACUUACGAGGCUGUGGUUUACAUCCUAACGACAAAGUUCAACACGGAAUUUUAUGGGAACGAGGAGGGGCAGUGACUCGAAUUAAGUUAGGUGUGUCUGUCCACUUCUUUGAAAACCAGAUUUGAUUUUAUUGUGAAUGUUUUUGCGUGGUUACUGUCGGGCAGAAGGGGGCGUACUGAUUUAUUUUUGGUAUAGAUUUUUUUGGUUUCGCGGCGCGAUUUUUGGCAAACAAAUAUUCCUUGUUGUCUGCUCUGGCAGGAUAGACAUAGCGCAAGAGUCAUUUUUGCCGCGCACUUAGUGAAUACGAUUCAAUAUUGAUUCUUAUAGAUUCGAAUUCGUUGGUAAAUAUAUUAUUGACACUUA